AUGCACGUGGACUGGAAUGGCGCUGACCGGCAGCAGGCACAAGAAGCGCUUCGCAAGGUCUCUCAGGCGGCCGCCGACUGCGAGAAGGAGCCGCCCGCUGUACUUACCGAGCGCCGCCGCCUAAAGCCCGCGAAGCUCCCGAACUGGAAGGGGCUGGGCAAGGGCGCGCUGGACCUGGUCAGGGAGAACUCGAUUUUGCCGGAGGUAAUCAUGCUCACGCAUUGGUCUAACCUCUUGCAGGCCACCCCUGCCCCAGAGACGACGCUGCCGCUCGCCCGCGCCUUCGCUUCGAUCCCCGAGAACCGGGGCGACCGCAUGUGGGACCUCGUGAACGGUAAGCAAGUCUGCAUGUGGGCCCCCAAGGACCCGAGUGCGCUUUCUCGCUGCCUCGCUUCUUUUAUGCGCCGGGCCCCGGAGGACCAACGGCCAGCUUCGCUACAGGUUCUUGCAAUUUUUCCUUGCGAGAAGGGCACGCACUCGGUCGGCAACAUCGCGGAUCUCUGGAGCUUCCCGCCUUUCUUGUCCGAGCGGUGGAUGCCUAUCGUUCGGGGGUUUUCUUUUGCAGCCUUCCCAUUCGAGAUGAUCGCGUCCAACGCCGUCAGCGCCCCCCGGCACGAGCCCAAGGGCAUUGCAAUCUUUACGCUGUCGCACGUGAUGCCCAGGAGCAUCCCUAAGAUGAUCAGCCCUGGCGCCAUAUUGACGGUCGGCGACUACGACGCCUUCGCGUUCGACAUGCACGCGGACCAUCUCCCGCAGUUCCUCGCGCUAGCUCGCACGGGCGGCUUGCGUGACGCAUGUUUCCGCCAUCGCCGUCGGAGCCCCAUCAGCUCGAGUUUUUCACCGAGAGUCGUCAUUGAUGUCAUCUUCCCUCGCGCGGCCACAACUUUGGACCAGGCGAUGCUCCUGCAGAGCCUCCGCCGGUGCCUCCCGCACAACGACAUUUUCUAUGGCAGCCACUCCCUCAUGAGCGACUCUGGCCCGAUGAUCUUGGAGUGCAACGGCAGCGGCUCAGCGCAUCACUUCUGGCCGCUCUGCUCGCAGAUGCUCGCCCUCGACUCCAAGCGCUACCUGGUCGCCACGGCGGCCUCCGCCGACGCGUGGACAGAGGUCAUGGCAAGGUCGCGGGUCGCCGCCCCGUCAACGACGGCGGCUCUGGUCAAUGCGGACAAACGCCGCGGCAACAAGGCCGCCCACCUCUCCGAACACAUCGCCGAGAUCGUCGCGAAGGGCGAGUUGGGCCAGGGCGAUUCGGUCGCGCUUAAGCUCUUGAUAGACCACGUCUGCACGGCGACGGGCGCGCAGUUCACCGAGGCCUCCAACCCAGACGCGCCCCAGCCGGGAGAGUGCUAUCACCUGGCCUCACGGGGGCCACGCGCGCCCGCUGGCGUGAUCAAGGUUCUUGCCAAGAGCCAGGAGGACCUUCGCAAACUCUAUGCGGCACUCCACGGCCAAGCCAUCCGGGUGGGCAGGGGCCUCGUCGGCAUCGAGGUGAAGAACGACCUCAUGUUGACCGCGCGCGGGAGGGGAAACGGCACGCGGGCGCGGAACAAGGUGUCCGCCGUGCCCCGGAUCACCCUGGACAUCCGUCGCAGCCCGGCUGCGACUUCGGAGUUCGUUUCACU